CUUUUGCUGGGCCAGGCCCGUAAAUGCAAUUCGCAGAGCACAAUUCUGCCGAUUACACUGCGCCGCGGAUGGCCCAGGCGCCUGCAGCUGCUGUGGCAUCAUCAAAAACGGAGGGCCUCAGCUUUGCUGGCUGUGCAGGCGUCCUCCGGCCCGUGCAAGGUGGCCCGAAGCCGAUCUUCUCACUGAAGGAAGUUCUCGAUUGGCUAGGGGUGCCGGGGAAGAACCACUGUAGCAUGCGCAGAAGCGCCAUGACCAAAGGCGGCGCCGAAGUUGUCGACGACAUCCAUAUCGACGGCACCCACGUGAUGCGGUUGAUUGCGGCCCACGGAAGGGGCGCCGCUAUUGAGGCGAUCUGCCGAUUGAUGUCGACUCCGCCGGCUGUGCCGGCACCGGGUCUCGUGCCGGCGGCUUCGGAAAUUGCGGCGGCUCCAGAAGUGCCGCUAGUUCCAGCAGCGCUCGGACCUGCCGCGAUCACACAAGCGGCGCUCUCUCUGGACGAUGCUAACGACGCCGCCGCACUGCCACCGCCCGACGCGGCGGAAGACGACGACGAACCUGUUCCGCAAGGCGACGGGGCCGGCAGUUUAAAGACGGAAAUUCGGAGGCUCAAGCGUGAGCGCGAUGAUUUAGAGGAUCGUGUCCUGUGUGCGAUUUGCAUGGAAAUCGACGCGCCGCGGUCGGUCCUCUUUAGUCCGUGCAACCACCUUGUCGCCUGUGCUGCCUGCGCCAACACGCUCACGAAAUGCCCGCUCUGUCGGACGGCCGUCAGGAAGCGCAUCAAGAUCAAUAACUCGAGCUGA